AUGAUGACUACUCUAGAAGCUGUCAAGAAGAAGCAAAACUAUACUAGUGUACAUGAGGCAGUGAAAGCUGGUGAUGUAGAACAGCUUGCGUCAAUGAUAAAAAGUGGAGCCAGAAUUAAUGAGGUGGAUUUAGUUGACAAAUUCACACCACUGCACUGUGCUGCACACUCUGGAAGUCUGGAGUGCCUUCACUGGUUGCUCUGGCAUGGAGCUGAUACAGCACACGUAGCUGUCAGAGGCUGGACAGCAGCUCACCUUGCAGCUAUCCGGGGUCAGGAUGCCUGCAUGCAGGCUUUGUUAAUAAAUGGAGCAAACGCAGAAGCUCAGGAUGAUCGUGGGUGCACUCCGACCCACUUAGCUGCAGCCCAUGGGCAGUCUUACACCUUACAAACCAUACUGCGAAGUGGAGCGAAUGUAAAUGUUUCAGACAGGAAUGACUGGAAGCCUGUUCAUUAUGCUGCGUUUCAUGGUCGCUUGGGGUGUUUGCAGCUUCUUGUUAGAUGGGGAGCAUGUAUAGAUGAUGUGGAUAACAAUGGAAACCUUCCAGCUCAUCUGGCAGCCGUGGAAGGACACCUGCAUUGUUUUAAGUUCUUGGUCAGUAAGAUGGCCAGUGUCAUGCACACACUGAAAGCCAGGAAUGACCAAGGAGAGACUCCAAGGGACUUGGCUGAACGGUUCUAUAAAGAUAAUAUUCUGCAAUAUAUUGACAGUGUGGAAAAAGAGGAGGAGCAUCCAGAGACACAGGAAGUUUUAGCUUUCCCAGCCCAUGGCGCUGCUUUCAAAGGGGACUUGUUAGUGCUUACAAGAUUAGUGAGAAGUGGAGUAAUCAAUAUUAAUGAGCGGGAUGAUAAGGGAUCCACUCUCAUGCACAAAGCUGCUGAACGGGGGCAUAUCCAUUGCUUACAGUGGUUGAUCGAAAUGGGAGCUGACUGUGACAUUACAAAUGAUGCUGGAGAGACUCCAAAGGAUGUAGCCAAGAGAUUUGCCCAACUGGCAGCUGUGGAACUUCUGACACAAAGAACUGGAGACAGUAACUCUAGUGAUGAAGAACUAGAUGCAAACAACAUGAAGUUUUUUGAAAGACAUGGUGUGGAAGGGAGUACAGAUAGCAAAGAAGAUUUAACACUGGGUAAAGCAGAGAAAAGGAACGCACGCAUAAGGGCCUAUCACAAGAUUCAAGAACUUCAACACCUUCUAGAGAUUGCCUACAGCAACUACAGACAGCUGGGAGGAAUAACUGAGGAGGAGAAGAAGAUGAAAAAAGAAGAAAGGGAACUUGAGAAGGCUGUGAGGGAGCUGGAGGCCCAGCUGGAAUAUGAGCGAGUCAGGCGGGAGAAGCUGGAGAGCCAGCUGGAUGACUACCGAGCAGAGAUAAACCACCUUAGAAAAAGCCUGGAGAAAACUCGUGUCCCCCCUGCUCUCCCCCUGGAGGCUGAGACCGUCUCCAAGUCUUGCAAAGAGAAAAAGAAAGUAAAGAAGAAACCAGCAGGCAGCCCUGGAGGAGUAUUUGUGAGACUGCGCUGA